AUGGGUCAAGGCUACUCUAUUACCACCCUCUCUGCAGGGUCUGCUGGCAUUGAUAUACCAGAGCUUGCCGAUCUUGUGUAUGAGAAAUCUUUAGGAACGGCAAGGUUUAUGAAAAGCAUCCGUGCACGGCAGCGUCAUGGCUUGGUUUUCGUCAAGGCUAUCAUGAAACCAUACCCCAGCUUGAAGCUUGAUCCUCUCCUAGGUGAACGAAGGGUAUUAAGAGACAUCCCAAAUGUCCUUUCCUAUCAGCGAAUCAUCGAGACUGGAACUGGAGGCUACCUAGUCCGCCAGUACAUACAUAGUUCUCUGUAUGAUCGAAUGAGCACUCGUCCCUUUCUGGAGGACAUGGAGAAGAAGUGGAUAUGUUUUCAGCUUUUGUGUGCGCUUCGUGACUGCCACUCCCAAAACCUCUAUCACGGAGAUAUAAAAACAGAAAAUGUCUUAGUUACAUCGUGGAACUGGGUCUAUCUGUCUGAUUUCUCUUCCUCUUUUAAACCCACUUUCCUUCCUGAAGACAAUCCAGCCGACUUUUCGUUCUACUUCGACACAUCUGGUCGCCGAACCUGCUAUCUUGCCCCGGAACGAUUCUUGACUGCUGGUGAGAAUUCGGGCGACCGUCGAGUCAAUUGGGCCAUGGAUAUUUUCAGCGCUGGGUGUGUCAUUGCGGAGCUUUUCCUUGAAUCGCCCAUUUUCACCCUGAGCCAGCUCUACAAGUAUCGCAAAGGGGAAUAUAGCCCCGAGCAAGGCCCACUUGCGGAACUUCAAGAUCCAGAUGUUAAAGAGUUGAUUUUACAUAUGAUAAGCAUCGACCCAGAAUCUCGCUAUUCGGCGGAAGAAUGCCUGAACUUCUGGCGAAAUAAGACUUUUCCGGAAUACUUUUAUAGUUUUCUUCACCAAUAUAUGGGAUUGAUUACAGAUCCUUCAUCAGGCCGCGCUCGCACAGAUAUCAAUGCCGCGGAGUUACAUGAAGCAGACGACAGAAUCGAAAGAGUCUUCCUCGAUUUUGACAAGAUCUCUUAUUUCUUGGGAUCAAACCCUCAGUCUGCGCUUGCUGAAACAAAAUCAGCCACUCCGUCGUUGGCUAACCAGGCCGAUUCAUUGCAGUUAGAUUUACCAGUGUCUAGUAACCAGCCUUCCAAAGCCUCAUCUGUCGAUAUUGAAGGUACCCUGGUUUUCCUAACACUAGUUGUAUCGAGCCUGCGUAAUACUGCAAAGUCAUCCGCCAGAGUGAAAGCAUGUGAUAUUCUUCUAGCGCUUGCUGAAAAACUUCCUGAUGAGGCAAAACUGGAUAGGGUCCUACCAUUUGUUAUGCUCCUGUUGAAUGAUCGUUCUGAUGUUGUCAAGGUUGCAGCCAUCCGAACAUUGACUCAACUCUUGAGCAUGGUGGAGGUGGUAUCCCCAGUAAACGCCUACAUUUUCCCGGAGUACAUCUUUCCGAGACUUCAACCAUUUAUACUUGGGUCGAAUAGCAAUCCGAGUUCUCUGGUCAGGGCAGCCUAUGCCUCUUGCAUUGCCUCGCUUGCUCACGCGUCACUCAAAAUCUUGGAUAUGGUGCAAGCACUGCGGUCCGAUGUCCGAUUGAUGGCCCGAACCCCAGCCGAGUCGGAAGCGGGGUGGACGGAAGGCGUUUCCUACCACAAUCUUUAUGAUGUGGCUCGCAUUGAUUUACUAGAAUUCUUUGAGGUCCAUGCUAAAGCACUUUUGACAGAUCCCGAUGUCUCUGUCCGUCGUGCAUUCCUAGGGUCCGUUUCCAGUCUCUGCGUAUUCUUUGGCAACCCCAAAGUGAAUGAAGUUAUUUUAAGUCACUUGAAUACGUAUCUAAACGAUGAAGACUGGAUACUCAAGUGUGCGUUCUUCGAAGCUGUUGUUGGGGUCGCGACAUAUGUCGGUGUUACCAGUCUCGAAGAGUUCAUUCUACCACUCAUGGUUCAAUCCAUGGCUGAUCCCGAAGAGUUUGUCGUUGAACGAGCCCUUAGAUCUCUUGCGAGCAUGGCUAGGUUAGGCCUCUUCCAAAGAUCGACUACCUGGGAUCUCCUAUAUAUUGUUGUACGGUUUUUCGUACAUCCGAGCGCAUGGUUACGUGAAGCAGCGGUAAAUUUUGUGGUGGCAUCUACGACAUUUUUAUCGGUGGCUGAUAAAUACUGUAUCGUGACGCCUCUUGUUCGACCGUUUCUCAAGGCUAACACCACCGAUAUUUCGUCGUCUCAAUUGCUGGAUGCCAUCAAAAAGCCCCUUCCAAAGGCGGCAUAUGAGAUGGCUCUAGUCUGGGCUACUAAAGCAGAGAAAGGUACUUUUUGGGAUUCAGCAGCUAAAGACAGCACAUUCAUCCUAGGCGGCACUAUGGCCACGAAUUUUGGAAAAUUACGUCGCUCAGCAUUGAACAACAUAACGAAGAACGAAGAAGAUCAGCAAUGGAUUGGACGCCUCAGAAAUUUGGGAAUGGGACCAGAGGACGAAUUUAAACUACUCGCUCUAAAAGAGUACAUCUGGCGAGUGGCCAAGAGGAGAGCGAAGGAACCCUCUCGAACUUCCACAGUGGCUACGGCGGAUAUCAUCCCGUUAAGUCAGCACGACAUAACGCCGCAAACUGUCUUUUUUGAUAAAAAGCAAGGGCCAAAGCCACCACCUCCGCCCCCAAUGCGAGUGGGAGUUGACUCCUUGGAUGGCGAGAGAAGGACACAUACCAUCGCCGACGCUUUACUGGACGCGUCAAGCACAAUUGAUGGGAGUGACAUUGCACGCAAACAGCUGUCGCGUCGCAGUAGCAGGCGCUGUAGCAUUGACGCAGCGCCGGGCAUUUCUCGAGAACGCACUCAAGACUCUACCAAAACUACCGACCCAUCUCCCACAUUGUCUCCAAUUCUUCCACCAGGAUCGACGACUUCAUCGGCCGGAGCUUCCGACUCUGAAAGACGAGAUGUCGGUGCUUCAACUCCACGAACGAACUCGGUGACAAGGACUAAUUCGUCUGUACGAGGGUCAGAGAGUUCUCAUCUGAGAGCUAGGGGCGACGAUAUCAAACGCCGAUCUAGUGCGAUAAAUCUUCUCAAUCGUCAGGAAAACUCCAAAUCUUAUGCUGAAACCGCUACCACCUCUACAAAUGUGCUUGGUGAAGUUGAUGCUACCCGAUUUCGAAGAAGUUCCACGCAAACUCCGACCAUUUCAACCUCAACCGGCGAAUAUUCAGAAGAGCCAGCUCGGCAGUAUCGUGCAAACCAUACAUAUCGUGGCAAUGACCCGACGAUAUUGAAACUUCUAGAUACCGUUUUUGCUGAAAACUAUCCCACGGACCUAUUUGAUUUCGGACCGGUUGUUGCCCCAAUCACCAGCCAGAAUCCAAUAAGAAAGGUGAACGGGCAGCUAUCAAAUACACCUUGGAGGCCGCAAGGAAAUUUAGUUGCAUUAUUCGGUGAACACACUGGCCCCAUAAACAAGAUCGCAGUAGCACCUGACCAUGCAUUUUUUGUCACCGCUUCUGAUGACGGGACUGUCAAGGUCUGGGAUACUACGCGGCUAGAGAAGAAUAUUACACCACGAUCUCGUCAAACACAUCGUCAUGCGGCGGGAACUAAAGUUAAAUGUGUCACUUUCGUUGAAAGUACGUACACGUUUAUAAGUGCAGCCACAGACGGUAGCAUUCAUGCAGUUCGCAUUGAUUAUCAAAACAAUAAUGAUGCGAUUCGGUACGGCAAACCGCAACUUGUUCGAGACUAUCGAAUCUCGUCACCUGAAGGGGCUAAUGAGCAUGCUGUUUGGAUAGAACAUUACCGUACAGAUGUGCAUUCCCUUCUUAUGAUGGCCACCAACCGAUGCAGAAUUAUCGCCCUUGACUUGAAAUCUAUGAAAGAAAUCUUCACACUACAAAAUCCUGUUCAUUACGGAAUGCCAACCACGUUUUGCGUUGAUAGAAAGCGGAACUGGGUGCUCGUCGGCACCACUCACGGUAUACUGAGUCUGUGGGACCUCAGGUUUUGCGUUCUAAUAAAAUCAUGGGGCCUCCCCGGCGGCACACCAAUCCACCGACUCCUUAUCCAUCCUCUCAAAGGUAGAGGAAGAUGGGUUUGCGUUGCCGGUGGAGCAAAGAGUGGCUCUGAGAUUAUGGUGUGGGAUAUCGAUAAAAUGCAAUGUCGAGAAGUAUAUCGCACAGCUACUACUAGCCACGGUUCAAACAUCCAGGGAAAACACACCGCUACUCCACCAACGCAUCGAAAAACACAUUUUACCCCUGAUACGACUUGGAAGUCCUAUGAUCCGUGGCGUGUUGACGAUGAAAGGCCUGAGUCUCUCCUCUCCCGCUUCGCCGCCACCUCUUCUCCCGAACCAUCCUCCACCGGCGUAGACCGAAAUGGUAUUCAUGCUAUAACCAUAGGCAUUGACGUCCCCGAGCCGAAUCCCCCUGCUGGAGCUCAGCCUGACAGCAAUUUCGCAUCAAAAUGCGGCUUCCUCAUCUCCGGCGGGUCCGAUCGCACGAUUCGGUUUUGGGAUGCCUCCCACCCGGAUGCAUCCCAAAUAGUUAGCGCUCCCGAUCUUAUCUCCGAUGGGGCUGGUUUGUCGGCCAAGCCGAGGUAUGAAAUCACGAAUCCGACUCCUUCUUUGACCAUUACGACGGAGUGGCUACCUAGCACCGGUGCGUCAACGCCUGGUGCUGGGCGAACCGGAUCAGCGUCGAAGAAGAGUGGAGGCUCCGCGGGAGGUGGUGCAGUGCGACCACCCCGAACUACGGUGAUUAGUUUACAACAGCAGCAAUUGUUAAAGAGUCACUUGGAUAUAAUCCUUGAUGUAGCGUUGCUAAGAGCGCCAUAUGGAAUGACCGUCAGUGUGGAUCGGGGAGGGAUGAUUUAUGUUUUUCAAUGA